AUGUCGUCCUCUUCCUCGUCUUCUUCUCGCUUUCCUAACCCAGCCGACCAUGCCAGCCAUCAGCAGCAACCGAAGCGCCAUCAAUCCAAACAUCAACUGCAACCCGCCUCAGCCUUGAGACUCCGAUCGAGGCACCAAGUUGACAAUAGCACCACUCCAGCAACCACCCAUCAACGCCGACUGUCAACCUACUCAACCUCUUCCACCGUCCUGACUAACAUCACCAGCUCAGAAACAUAUUCGAGCCUCUUGAAACAGAUCAGAAGCUCAGACCCAUCGUCGACACCCUCGAACUACCAUGAACAACAGAGACUGGCGAUCGCAAGUUAUGGUGCCCAAUCUCCAAUCAGGAAGACGAUCGGCACACUCAUCAAAUCCGGUCAAUCCAGGUCAUCGAUCAUAUUAUACUCGAUCCUCUUUAUCCUUUUAUGGAAAUCCCUGGUCGGCUUGGGACACUACAGCGGUCAUCGUUCCCCUCCCUUAUUUGGCGAUCUGGAGGCUCAGAGGCACUGGAUGGCACUUACCGUCCAACUGAAACUCAAACAAUGGUAUUCAUUUGAUCUCCAAUAUUGGGGAUUAGACUAUCCUCCUUUGACGGCGUACCACUCGCUGGUGCUAGGCUAUCUAGCAAGACUGGUCGAUCCAGCCUUUGUCCUCCUUCGACCACCCUCAAAUCAUCCAAACGGUUGGGGAGAAGAACUACAUCAACAACUGAAGCUUUUCUUACGAUCCUCCGUACUAGCCAGCGAACUAUUGCUCUGGAUCCCCAUCGUACUCAUCUAUCAUUUCAAAACCUUUACUUUCAACUCCUCCUCACUCGACACAUCAAACCAUCUCUCUCACACAUCAAAUCCUCCCAGGCUCUCUAAUGGGCUUUGGCUUGGCGCGAUGUAUUCAGUUCUAGUCGUCCUUCUCAAUCCCAAUCUAAUCCUCAUCGAUAAUGGUCACUUCCAAUUCAACUCGAUCAUGCUUGGUCUCACUCUGGCUAGUGUGACGUGCUUCUAUGGUGGUCAUGAUCUUCUGGGUGCUGUCAUGUUUGUCUGUAGCUUAGCAUUCAAACAGAUGGCUUUAUAUUAUUCACCUGCCAUAUUUGCGUAUCUUUUCGGAAAAUGUUUAUAUCUUGGUCAUCCACGUGGUACAAAGCUAUUUACGCGCCUGGCGCUUAUCUCAACGGGUUCAACGAUACUACUAUUUGCACCGUUCAUAUUCAAUUCAGAUUUCCCCCUAGCUAUCAUCCAAGUAAUCCAGCGGAUCUUCCCAAUCGGUCGAGGCCUGUUUGAAGAUAAAGUUGGUAACUUUUGGUGUACCUUGAACCUGUUCAUAAAAGUCCGUACUCUGGCCUCCGUCAAGACUCUCGCCAACAUUGCACUCCUCUUUACCCUAGGGGCAGUCCUUCCGGUGAUCCUACUCUUGACCAUCCUGAGUUGGAAAUUGAACCCAAGCCCACCCUCAAUAUCGUCAUCAUCCUCAUCGUCCUCCAAGGUCUCUUUACUUACAUCAGAUCCAUCAAAUCCUAUCCCGAAAACGGUCGAACUUCUUCCACUGGCACUCUACAAUUCGUCGAUCGGAUUCUAUUUGUUUUCGUUUCAAGUACACGAGAAAAGUAUCCUGUUGCCCGUCUUGCCCCUCCUCUUAAUCCUUUCCCGACACCAUAGAAAUCGCAAGCGAGGACAACUUGUCAACUGGCAGGACUGGGAUAUCAUCUGUUUGAUCAGUAAUGUAUCGGUUUUUAGCAUGUGGCCACUCUUGAAACGGGAACAACUAGGAGUUCAGUACAUGGUCUCGAUCAUAUCAUACAACCAUUUAAUUGGUUAUAGCCCAUUGAAGUUGAUUAAACGAUCAACCGGAAACCUGGUCUCGCUGGGGAUCAUGUCCAUUUACCUUGCGAUGAUUGGUAUCCAUCUUUCAGAACAGUUGAUCAAGCCUCCCGCCCGGCUUCCCGACCUGUUCGUAGUCUUGAACCACUCACUGAGUUUCGUGGUCUUCAGUGCAAGUUACCUUUGGAGCUUGCUUCGAAUCUAUGAAGAAGCCUGGACUCUCGUCGGUUUUGGACGGCUCAGUCACCAUCUCCCAGAACCAGCGCAUCCCAGCGAGACGAAAUCUUUGGAGCAAGAGCACGACAAGAGAGAGUUUGAAAAGGAUCAAGCAGAAGGUUCGAUGAGUGAAGUGAAUGAAGAAGAUGAGGAUCCAUCGGAAGCGUUGCAGCUAAAACUACCGGCGAAGCGAUCAUCGAGUCUACAACAACAGCGGCGGAAGAAGAAGAAGUCAGGGUCUGACUCGGAGGGGGAGGAGUUGAAGAGCCGGUCGUUUGGGGCGACGCCACGGAUGCUCAAGGGAGGCCCGCUUCCGCAGCGGAUGUUGAAGGAGCCGGCUGGGUCGGGCAGCCGCCCGAGCUCGAAGGUGAUGAUCAGCUCACCCAGCGGCGAGAAGCUGAUGAACAGGAUCAAGAACCGCUUGCUCGUUUCCGCGUCCAGGUCCGCUAGCCCCUCUUCCUCCUCUUCCACCAGCCAGCGUAGUUCUUCCGCCGAAGAUCGCCGAGGGCCUGGCAGUAAAGGCAAGGAGAAAGAGGACGAAAACAAGCUCGACGAUCAAGGCGGGAACCCAGCUCGCGGAGGACAGUCUGACGAUUCCUACUCCAAAGACCUCGAAUACCACAGCCCACAGCAUCAUCAUCAUCACCUUCAGAAUCUUGUGGCUGUCACUGAGAGAGACGAGCGCCGGCAGCCCGACAAGCAGGAGCAGGAACAGGAGGAGCGCGACGAACGGAGGAGAGAGCAGAGAGAACGGGAGAGGCAGAACCUCUCGUCAAGUCCUUAUCGUCUCGAAAGCGCUUGGGAACAGGCGCUCAGACAGAGUAGAGAAGAAGCUAUCCGCAGGCGUCGGGAAGAACUCUUGGCUACUCGGACGCCUACCAAUUCUUCUUCCAAACGCUAA